AUGCCUAGCGGCAAAGGCCACUACUUUGACUUUUUCAACCCACGAAUUCACUCUCGAAUACAGCUUCCCAAAACGGCUAGAUCCACUGCUAGCGCCUUUUACCAGCUUAAGCUACGACACGGCUACUUUGGGACAUACCUAAAACGAUUCGAUAAAACACCCACCAAUCACUGCAUAUGCAGUUACAAGCCUGAAUCACUAUAG